CGAAACCUGUCUCCGAUAAGGCUCAUCCUUGGGGAUUAUAAAUACGCCACCAGGGUCCAACGGUCUCCGCAGUGCACGCCACGCCUCAACAUGAGUAUCACCGCGGUCCUCUUCGUCGUGCUGGCCGCGAGCGGAGCCACCCUGGCCUUACCUUGGCCCGGGAGUCGCGACGGCGGUGAGGGGCUCGGCGGCCUGCUGGGACUCGACGGCCUGCAGAGGCUCGACGACCACCCGGAUGCCGACAGGCUCCUCCUUGGUCAGCCAGACGACGCGCAGUACCAGGACAGUGACGAGUACAGUGACGAGUACAGUGACGAGGACAGUGACGUCGUCGACGGUGACCGGGCCGACGCGCGGAACCAGGACACUGGUGUUGACAGCUUCGGCGGCCUUCAGGGCCUGGGUGGGCUUCAGCUCGAGGACAUCGGCGGCCUCUCCAGCGUCGCCCAGGAGAAGAGCGCUCCCCUUCUAAAGGAUGACAGUGACCUGGGCAGCGUGCCGAGGGAUGACUCGAGAGGGCCACCACUCGCGUAAUCCUGUGUACAGAUGACGGUGUAAUCCCUACGUAACCCUUACCUAUUCCGUGUAAUCCUUGACCAAAUUUUAAAACAUUUUCACUAAAUUUUACCUUUUUGUCCAAAUUUGAUGGUUUUAGAGCUUGGAAUUCAACAAAAUUCACGUGUAAUCACUCAAAAUUUACGUGUAAUCCCUGUAAUCACGUAAUCCUGUGUACAUCCUCAAUCGAUGUGGUGGCCCCCUCGGGAUGACCGGUGAAAGUGCAAGGUAGACAAUUGCCGUAGAAACUGCAACAACCAGGGGAAUAACGGGGCGUGCGUCGGCCCGGUGUGUGUCUGCUGGAGUUAGGGCAGCCGGCUACUACUUAAAGUCUAAGAUCAGUGUAUUUUUAAGCAUUUGUUACACCUUGUAAAUAUUAGAAUAAAUUUGGAAACAGAAGGUUCA